UCUCUAAUCACAGUGGAGACACAGAGGUGAUCUUUGCUUUGUCCUUGUCCCAGGAAAAGCUGCUUAUAUCCGAAAUUUUACCGCUUAUUCUUUGUUUUUUCACCUCUCCGACGCUUCUGUCACCUGAUUCCGAUAAAUUCACCUCUACAAACCGGAUCUUUUUUUUUUUUUUACAGGUAUAGAAAGCGAAAGCUAGAGCGGAGGAAAUAAAAGAAUAGAGGGAAAGGCGGCGCGACAUUUUCCACCUGAGCUGCGCAGGAUGAGAUGUCAGAAAUGAUGGACAAGUCUACUGUAAACCCAGACGAGGACACUGUGUCCCUCAAGAGCAAUGGGAAGACGCCGACCAACGAUUCUCCUGUGAAGCUGGGCAUGAUGAAGUCGUUCAAAAAGAGCAUCCAGCGUGCUGCAGAGAAGAGCCUGCUUUCACCUGGAGGCAAAGGGUCAAAGGGCACACCUAAAGCAAAUGUGACUGAGUCAGGGUCACAACCGCCUCUGUCACCCGGUCCGAGCGUUGGUUCUCCAGUUACCCCUGGUAAGGACAGUGAUAGUGACAUCAGCCACCCUCUAAAACGUUCAAAGACAGCAGAUCCCAGUAUGCCAAGCACUGACUCUUUCGUGAGAGGAUCCAUUCGUCGAAGCCUGCCAUUCGUCAAGAGAAAAAAGUCUAAAUCUGUCGGUGAAGGCUUAGUGGAGGAGAAGAAGGAGGAGACAGAGGAGGAGGAGGUGGUGUUGGCGGAGAUUGAGGAGAUAUACACACUGCCAGAAAUACCCCACUCACCGCUGUCAGUGAUGCAGAUCAGUAAGCUGAUAGAGACGGAGGUUCUGGAGGAGGCUCACCUAAACCUGCUCGCCCUGCGGAGGGAGUUCCAGCAGGAGCAGGACCAGUCUGGUGGGGACGCACCGAUGGAGCUGGCCAAGAAGGAAAAAGACCUCAGCCUCCUCUAUGGAGACCUGAGGAAAAAGAUCAACACCAUAGUCCGCGACUCCAACUCUGUUCCCUCCAGAAACCAGGAACUUCUGUUACUCACGGCCCGCAUCAUCCAGGAGGAGGACAAGAGAGCCGAGGAACCAGGAGGGCUGCCGGGCAGCUGGAUGGAGGCCUGGAGGGAGGCGGUGGAAGAGGGGGUGCAGGCGAAGGUGAAGAGCGUUCACCUGGGGCAGGGGGAGCAGAAGGAGCAGAAGGAACAGAGGGAGCAGAGCGCCUCCUGGCUCGCUGUGCACCUGGGCCUACUGGGUAAGACCAUCAUAGAGGACUUGGAGAGCGUGAAGAGGGAGCUGCAGUGGUCUUACCCGCCCAGCUUCAAGGUCUUCAGCACCUACGUGAGGAGUUAUCACAGAGUCGUCGCACAGCACCUGAAGAAGGUGGAGCAGCAGGUGACGGAGCGGAGGGAUCUGUACAGUCUGCUGAACUGGAUCAUCAACACGUACAAGAGCGAGACGAUCAUGGGAAGUCUCUCCCUGCAGCCGGACAUGAACGAUGAAAGCACCGAUCUGCAGCUGGAGGAAAACUUCCUGAAGCAGCUGAAAGAGAAAUACUGCUGCAGAGUGAAGGUGGACAUGAAAUCUUCACUCAACAAAAUCAUUGAACUUGAAAAUGAAGAGUUUUGGAAGGACAGAAGGAUGCCAGAGAAAGACGACGAAUUCCUCAACUCUGAGUUUCAUAUGGACAUCUGGACGCAAGUGAAGUCAAAUUGCCAAAACUCUCGAGUCAUUGAUGCUGAGCUGGAACUGAAAGUCCUCUCUUCCUGCCUCGAGGAAUUGAAAGGCUUCCCCAAAAGGUUUGAGGAAGAGUUCAACCGUCUCUGCGGCGCUCUCAAACCACAGCCUCUCUGGGCUGAGUAUCAGAUAACCUACAUCAACAGCUUCUCUGCUUUACAGGAGCACAUGGAUGGGUACCUGGCUGCCUGCCCACAUGAGGUGGAAGGGUUCAAAAUAGAGGCGAGGUGGCUGAUUGUCCGGCUCCUGCAGGGCCUGGAGGACCAGUUCAAAGAGGAUGUCAAGCCGUACCUGCAGAGAAUGAUGACGAGGAAGUGGCUGACCAAUGACGAGGACUUUAAUGACCUUUACAGUCGGACAAAGCUGCUUUCCCAGCACUGUGCUCUCAUGAGGCCUCCACAUGUCCAGGAGUUUGCGAACCGUUUGCACUACCACGUGGUGAAGGAGUACAUCGGCCAGCUGAUGAAGAAUAACUACUCCUGCAAGAACCGGAAACACGAGAAGGCGGCAGACAAGAUUCGUCAGCAGUGGGAUAAACUCGUGGAUGUGUUUGAGGACAUGAAAUCAACUUGCGAGUGGCUGAAUUUGGCCGGAGACAACCUGGGAGACAUCAUCGGACAGAAGAACAAGAAGGACAUAAAGGACCAUCUUGAAUCUUUAGUGAAGCAUUAUCCUGACUUCAGCAAGAAGCACCUGAUUGCUGUUCUGAACUUCAGAGGUUUGAUGAGAGGCCGUGAACAUCAGCGGAUCCUCCAGCGAUUCACAGAGCUGAAGAAAAAAACGGACAGUGCCAACGGCGGCGACAGAAGCAGAGUUUUUUUUAGUGACAUGCAGGUCACAGUCAACACGGACUGCCUGUCCAAUCUGCCUUUCUCCUGUUUCAACGUCCUGCUGCCAGACAACUAAUGUACCACAGAGGAGAAAAUGCUGCAUGGAUGGAAGCUAAAGAAAUGGAUUUGUGACAGAAAGAGUUGACUGUUGCAGUUUCCUAAAGGAUCCACUGUCAAUGUCCUAGCACCACAAGACACCUCAAGAUUCAGGUGCAGUGUCCUUGUCCCAACAAGUCAGAAGUCAGGUGUUUUGGGGUGUUUUUAGAAAAUAAAUAAAACUAUAUAUUUAUGGACUACCAAGGGUAGUUUGAGCUUUUUUGUGAGAUUUGUUGACAACAUAGAUUACAAAUAAGGUUGCAUGAACUUACUUUUGUUAUUCUAAAAGCAAAAAUUUGUUCAACAAGUUCUACAUUUUCUUUUCAAACUCACAGAGAAAUGUGGAAGUUUCAUGUGUUACCACUUACUAGGCUCAUUAAAUAUGACGCAUCUAGUGUGUUUCAUCUUCCAGCAUUGUGAGGCAUUGUUUUCUGGGAAAGAAAACAUUCAUUUAAAAAGCUGGAGAAAAUUCAAUGUUUGGAGGGGGGUAGGAUUGUGAAACUCCAUGUGGAUGAAAGUGAAGCUCCCACCAAUGGGCCAUAAGUGCUUUCUGUGAGGAGGAUUUCUGAACAGCACUUCAUUCUGCAGUGACACUGGACCAUUUUUGCUAAAUGCAUCGUCUUUGGUGGCUGUGUUGGACUUCAGUCUGAGUUUCAAGUGUCACACUGACUGAUAAAAACCAUAAGAAACUGAAACUCUUCACAUGCCCCAGCCAUGAACUCAUGUGCUUCAGACCACGAACUGAAGUUUGUGGGUGGUACUGGACUGUGAAUAUUAGGGGAAUUUAACUCACAUAACAACCCCCGCCAAAACUGCUGUGAGACUAAAAUAUAUUUAUAUAAUAAUAAUUUUCUUUUGUGAAAUAUGUGUACAUCUGUUGUCUGUUAUUCUAGAUAUUCCUGUAAGAUCACAACUUAAAGUGUGAAUUUCUUUGCCCAUGUAUGUGUUGAAUUUAAUCAUUCAGUUUUGUACAGUAGACGAGUAAAUAAGUGGGAGACAUGAAGAGCUUUUUGUUUCUCAGGAUGGUUUAAGGGACUUUUUCUGACCUGUGACAGAUACCAAAGAUUUCAUGAAUCCCGAUAAUUGGUCUUAUUAGAGUAUGACAUACUACUUUAUAUAAUCUGUUUUAAUCAAGCAAUGAAACUGAUAUGUCAGUCUCAUGAGUCUUUUCUCUGUCUUAAGUUUUUCAAGUUUCAAGUUUCAAGUUGAGUCUCUGUAAAUAAAUCUUCAAAAUCCA